AUGGCGACCCUAUAUCCACCUCCAUCGAAGCGUCAGAAGCGAGCGCAAGCCGAAGUCGCGCGACAACAACAAGACAUUGACACCUCCAUACCCGAUGGCACAGUGCGAGUGCGCUUCGUGGACCAGGCCACAGGCGAAAGCGGCAAUCUCCCCGUUCUUACCGUCCCAUUGUCGCAGGCGUCGACCAAGAAUCUGGAGCUGCUUUUGAACAAUCUAAAAGACCAGGCAGACGACCAAAUACCGUAUCGGUUCUUUCCCGACGGUACGACUGAAGCGCUUGCAGACAAGGAUGAUCUAUACAACGCGCUAGUUAAGCCGGGAAAGGCAUCAGCGGAAGCCGAGAUAGUGCUCCAAUAUGCGCCACAAGCUGUUUUCCGUGUCAAAGCGGUCUCGCGGUGCUCAGCAGCUGUGUCAGGACAUGGCGACAACAUCUUGUCCAUAAACUUCUCGCCAGUCAGCUCCAGCAGGAUGGCGAGUGGAAGUGGAGACAAGACCGUCAGGGUAUGGGAUUGCGACACAGGCACACCAGUACAUACGAUGAAAGGACAUUCGGGGUGGGUUCUGGCUGUCAGCUACUCACCCGAUGGCUCCCUGCUGGCGUCCGGUGGGUACGACAGAGAGGUGAGGAUAUGGGACCCAAACACGGGAAAGCAGAUUGGAGGCCCGCUCAAGGGCCAUACUGGCUUCAUCACAUCCCUCUCCUGGGAACCAUAUCACUUGCAAGAGCCUGGCCGACCGCGAGUAGCAUCGUCAUCCAAGGACGGUACCGUAAGAGUGUGGGACGCAAUAGGCAACAGAAUUGAUUUCGCACUGUCAGGUCACAAGGGUAACGUGACUUGCGUAAAAUGGGGUGGUACUGGACGGAUGUAUACUGCCUCUCACGACAAGACCAUCAAGGUAUGGGACGCAGCAAAAGGCACAUUGAUCAACACGCUACAAGGCCACGCGCAUUGGGUCAAUCAUCUUGCCCUCUCCACGGACUUUGUCUUGAGAACCUCGUAUCACGAUCAUACGCGCAAGGUGCCAGCCACACAAGAAGAGAAGCUUGCCAAAGCGAAAGCACGAUUCGAGAAAGCCGCCACAAUCAACGGUGAAGUGAUAGAGCGCUUGGCAACUGCAUCUGAAGACUGCACAAUCAUACUAUGGACGCCUUUGACAAGCACGAAACCAGUGAAUAGGAUGACCGGUCAUCAGAAGCAGAUCAACCAAGUAACUUUCUCGCCCGAUGGUUCCAUGUUGGCAUCGGGAGCUUGGGACAAUCAUGUCAAGUUGUGGUCAGCUCGAGAUGGAAAGUUCAUCGACACCCUCAGGGGACAUGUCGGUCCUGUAUAUAUGACGUGCUUCUCUGCUGAUAGCCGGCUACUGGCGAGCUGCAGCAAAGACACGACAUUGAAGGUGUGGGACAUGAGAACCAGGAAGCUGAAGGAAGAUUUGCCAGGACACAAAGACCAGGUGUUUGCGCUGGACUGGAGCCCGGACGGAGAGAGAGUCGGGAGUGGUGGUGCAGACAAGCAAGUGCGGAUUUGGAGCAACUGA